CUGCAAGCAACUUCUAUUUGAUAGUUAAAUCGUAGGUUAGAAAGAAAAUGUAACUUUUCGUUUGUGUCAAAAUUUGCAUAAUGUGCUCAAGUAAAAUACUGCAUUUAUUGCUUUCCCCGCUUGCGAAUGGCUUGUGAGAAUUGCCUCUGCGAAGCAAAGAGCGAAGAUCAUGUCAACGGAAGAAGAAGUGACUAAUAAUUGCGUUUGUAAUGGUGGUCAAAUUAUUGCCGAAUCUUUGACAUUGGUCUUUAAGGUACCGGUCAUAAUAAAACCUAAUUAUGGCGACAGCUGUGAUUCCAAAAAUGUGGUGGCUUCCUCGGGGUGCAUGAUAGUGGUCUCCAACCGGUUACCUUUCGUUCUGCAACGUAACAAGGAUGGAAAUCUCAUAAGGAAAGCUAGUGCUGGAGGUUUAGUGACGGCUGUGGCUCCUGUGGUGAUAAAUGGAGGCGGUUUGUGGGUGGGAUGGCCAGGCAUACAUUUGGAUGAUCCCAACGAGCCGAUACCUGAAUCUGAUCCGAACGAUAUAACACCUACGGCCGGUCUCAAAUCGGAGAAAGUAGUCGCCGUCCAAAUAGACAAACAAAUAUUCGAUUCGUAUUACAAUGGCUGUUGCAACGCCACAUUUUGGCCGUUGUUUCACUCGAUGCCCGACAGAGCCACUUUCAAAGGGGAACAUUGGAAUUCCUACAUUAAGGCCAACAAGGAGUUCGCAGAAUGCACGAUCAAAGCUCUGCAAUCGCUGCCAAAGAAUAACAACGAGGUUCCCUUGAUUUGGGUUCACGAUUACCAUCUCAUGUUGGCAGCUAAUUGGAUUCGACAGGCAGCAGACGAGCAAGAAAUGAAAUGCAAAUUGGGCUUCUUCCUGCACAUUCCUUUCCCUCCGUGGGACAUAUUCAGGCUGUUCCCGUGGGCCGAUGAGAUCCUACAGGGUAUGCUCGGUUGCGAUCUCGUCGGUUUCCACAUAUCCGACUACUGUCUCAAUUUCGUCGACUGUUGCCAACGGAGCCUCGGUUGUCGCGUGGACAGGAAGAACCUGCUGGUCGAGCACGGUGGCAGAACCGUCCGAGUUCGACCCCUACCCAUCGGCAUACCCUUCGAAAGAUUCGUGGAAUUGGCGGAGAAAGCCCCCAGAGUGAUAUCGACGAACCAGAAGAUCAUCCUCGGCGUCGACAGGUUAGAUUACACCAAGGGCUUGGUGCACAGGCUGAAGGCCUUCGAAAAACUGCUCGAAAACCAUCCGGAACAUUUAGAGAAAAUAUCGCUGUUUCAAAUCUCCGUACCCUCCAGGACCGACGUCAAGGAGUAUCAGGACUUGAAGGAAGAAAUGGAUCAAUUGGUCGGCAGGAUAAAUGGAAGAUUUACCACUGCAAAUUGGUCGCCAAUAAGGUACAUAUACGGUUGCGUCAGCCAGGACGAAUUGGCGGCCUUCUACAGAGACGCCGCGGUAGGUUUAGUCACUCCGCUGAGGGACGGUAUGAACCUAGUUGCCAAAGAAUUCGUCGCCUGUCAGAUAAACGUACCGCCCGGCGUACUGAUCGUCUCGCCAUUCGCCGGCGCAGGGGAGACCAUGCACGAGGCGCUCAUCUGCAACCCCUACGAAAUCGACGGCGCCUCCGAGGUCAUCCACAGGGCGCUGACGAUGCCCGAGGACGAGAGAAUACUCCGCAUGAACUAUCUACGAAGGCGCGAGAAACUGAACGACGUCAACUAUUGGACCAAGUCCUUCUUAUCCGCCAUGGGGUCGCUGAUGUCGCAGGAGGAUCACGACGACGUGGGCUCCAUCACGAUGCCCGCCGUCACUUUGGAGGACUUCGAUGAAUAUUUAUCCAAAUAUAUUGGAAACACUCACAAAUUAGCUCUACUUUUAGAUUACGACGGUACUUUAGCUCCUAUUGCACCCCAUCCUGAUCUAGCUAUAAUCCCGGCAGAAACGAAGAACGUCCUGCAGAGGCUCUCGAGGGUUUCGGACUGCUACAUAGCCAUCGUAAGCGGUCGUAACGUUAACAACGUAAAAGACAUGGUGGGAAUCGAGGGCAUCACGUACGCCGGAAACCACGGUUUGGAAAUCAUGCAUCCUGACGGCACCAAAUUCGUCCAUCCCAUGCCGACCGAAUUCCACGACAAAGCCGGCGAUCUGAUGCGACAAUUGCAAGAAAAAGUGUGCAGAGACGGCGCUUGGGUGGAGAAUAAAGGCGCCAUGCUGACCUUCCAUUUCAGAGAAACCCCUGCGAAUUUAAGACCAGAUUUAGAGAAGCAAGCCGUCGCUUUGAUCAAACAAGCUGGCUUUAUAGCAGAUACAUCGCAUCUGGCUAUAGAGGCCAGGCCUCCGGUCGAGUGGAACAAAGGCAGAGCUUCCAUCUACAUCCUCAGAACGGCUUUCGGCGUCGAUUGGAGCGAAAGGAUCAGGAUUAUAUACGUCGGUGACGAUCAAACCGACGAAGACGCCAUGCUGGCUUUGAAAGGUAUGGCGGCGACUUUCAGGGUGACGACGUCGCAAAUCACGAAGACUUCCGCAGAACGACGGCUUCCAUCGACGGACGCCGUAUUGACGAUGCUGAAGUGGGUGGAAAGGCACCUGGGCAGGAGGAAGCCGAGCCUGGACCCGAGCCCGCUGAGGAGAGGUUCGGCUCAAAUUAUGCAGAAUAUACAGAUGGAGAUGACCAUGCAAAAUUGCCACGACAAUGAGGAUAAGUAAAGUAAAAUGUAACCAAAUUAUUGUGAUGUUCUGUGUACAUAUAUACGAUUGAGAUCGGCGAGGAGGAUCUCAUGAUUAUUCCUGUUAUUUUCUGGUAUUAAAACGUCAGUAUGUUCAAAAUUCGAUGAUUUUUAUCUAAUAUUAAAUUAGCGUAGUUUAAUAUUAUUUCUUCUGUUAGUUUGUAAGAUGCGAAAAUCAUCGAAUUUUGUAUACGCGCGGUUUUUUUUCCAUUUACAACUGAGAAAGUAACAGUUCUUUUAUAAAUAUUGUGAUUAUUUAGUUAUUGACUAUUUGAAGAAUUUUAUAAGCUUUAUCAAAAUAUCAGUACGCUGUUAUACAGUAAAUUUGUUGUGAUGAUUUGAAUUGAUGAUAUUUUUAUUGCAAAUAUAUUUUUAUUAUCGAUGCGAUCGUUUUAUGUUGUUGCACAAAAAACAGGUGAGUUUGAAGUUCUUAAUAACAAUUAGAUUGUCAGGAAGCUGUGAUGUUAUUAUACAAAAUCAUUUAUUUAAUGUAAAAAGCUUUUCUGAACUUAUUAAAAUUUUGUUUAGUAACUACUUAGUUGUACAGUAUUUUUGAAAUUUAUAACGUUUUUUGCGUAUUGGGUUGGAAAUGCUGAAAUUUUUAAUACCAGAGAACUUAUUUAAAUUAAAAAUUAUUGAUUAGUUUUUUACACAGACUGAUCUGCGAAUUCACUAUGUAAGUAAAAUAAUUAUUCUCAACACCAAAACCUUGCCAAGAAAUUUUUAUAUGUUGUACUAGGUGUAUUAUUUAAAAAAUAAUCGGUUUGUUUAAGAAUCUUUUUUUUUAAUAACAUUCGAAAAAUUGAUGGAGUUAAUAUAUUUUUAUAGGGAAUACCUAGUUCCAUAUUUUCUUUUUUUAUAAAUUAUAUGAAUCUGUAGCGUAAUAAAAAUAUAUAAAUACAACGCCUGUUUCCUUAAAAUAUUUUGUCGUCGAGGAAUGAGACCAUUUCACAAUAAAAAUAUUUAUUUUCAACAAUUCAAAAUAACAAGUAGAUACAGGGUGUACCAGAAAUAAACAAUUUAAUAGGUGUUGGAAUGUAUUUGAAAAACUUUGUUAUUUCAAAUUUGUUACUAGUUUAAAUUGACGCAUAUUUAUCUAGUACACACUGUAUAUUACAAAUUAUAUACACAUUAUAUACAAGGUGUAUACUGUAACUGAUAAAUUUUUUCUUUGUAAACAAUAAAAAAUAUAUUUAGGUACUACAUUUUAUGUAAAAUUAAUAAGAAGCAUUCUUACAAAUAGACGCUCGUUUAUCUACUUAUGACAUAUUAGUUAGGACCACAUUUACCAAUAAAAAGUUCUAUAUCUAUGUUUUAUUCCUAUUACUAGUUAUUUUCUUUUCGCUAUAUCAAAUAUAUCUGAAAUAAUUCAUGAUAAGUAGGUACGUAGGUACACCUUGUAUAUUGUAAAUAAUUUACAUAAAUAUACUAAUUUUGUAAUUCAAGUAAAACGGGUAACAAAAUUUUAAACACUUAUAGUACAAGCAGUGAGGAAGUACGGCCCUGUCUCGAAUUAUACCCAAACAACAAUGUGCUUUUUUACACUUAUGCCCGUUUCACCAACGACAAAUAAAUCUAUAAGUAGUUAUUCGAUGAAUAACUUUUAAACUCCAGUUAAAUAUUUUGACGUUUCACCAACAAUUUUUAUCUUUAGUUAGCUAUUUAACAGUUUAACAUAACAAAUAUUUCUGACAAACCAACCUUUCGAAUUCAAAUCUUUUC